AUGGGUUUUUUCGCCAAAUCCCGCUGGGCAGUAACGGUAAUUGCUCUUGCGCUCAAUUUCUUUGUUUAUUUCUAUCCGAACAUCGUGAAUUCUGCCGAGCAAUGUCAUUGGCAAGGUCAGCGGCUUGAGUCGAAGUAUGAAUUCGUGAAUCGUCUUCCAGACAACUGGGCCCAGAUUUUCCUUCUCAACUUCCCUUCUUUCCAAGCGGAGAAAAACAGUUCAGUGUAUGACGAAGGCAGAGUGAGUGACAUCCACAUGCUUACCUUUGGCGAUCCGCAAAUCAACGGCAACUGGAAGUCUACCCCAUAUGUUAAGAGGCUCGAUAACUACGGCAACGACUACUACCUAGGCCACAUUUACAGAACGAUGAAACGGCGUUUGCAGCCAUCACACGUGGCCGUGAUGGGCGACCAGUUUCUGUCGCAGUGGAUUCUCGAUCUGGAGUUUUACAACCGGACUCGCCGUUUUGUGGAGCGUCUCUUCCCCAGAGAUGACUUGUACAAGCAAACAGUGAUGGAAACGUGGGCCAAGCACCAGGACUAUGAUUGGAUAUCGUGGAUGGAGCGUGAGAGAAAAAUUGACCCGAAGGACAGGUUCCGCUCCAGAUUGUACCACGACACUUACGAUUGGUAUGUUCCUGGUGCGGGCCCAAAUUACCAAAACCCGCUUUUCAUUAACUUGACUGGUAAUCACGACAUUGGCUACAGCGGAGAUGCCACGUGGCAACACAUGGCCCGUUUCCAUUUGCUUUUCGGCCAGAACAACUACGUUAUAGUGUACAAUGCGGGAACACCAGAAGAAUGGCGUCUUGUGGUGUUGGACUCGCUUACACUCGAAGGUCCAGCCCUCGAAGAAGAGUUUCGCCAGUACACAUGGUCGUUUUUGCGCGAGCUCAACCAGUCCAACGCCGACUUCAAAGGCUCGACGAUUCUCAUGACCCAUAUCCCCUUUUACAAGCGGGCCGGACUUUGUGCAGAUGGCCCAGAACAUAUUUACUAUAAAGAUUUCAAACGUGAACCAUACAAGAAUGGCAAGCUUCGGUCUCAGAACCAUUUGCUGUACAACACCUCUCAAGAGAUUUUGGACAUUGUGUUCCCAAACCACGGGAAGGAAGGCAUUAUUCUUACAGGUCACGACCAUGUGGGCUGUGAUCUGUGGUACAGUCAUGUUGGCGGACAAUGGGUGGCUGAAAAGAAGCCACAGACUGGUGAUCGAGCUCCAGUUCAUGAAAUUGUUGUGCGCUCCAUGAUGGGAGAGUAUGACGGCGCUACAGGAUUGAUGACAGGCCAUUUUGAUGGCGACCAAUGGCGUUUUGGAUUUACGUACUGCUCUUUUGUGGUGCAACAUGUGUGGUGGGCUUCAAAAGUGGCGCUUUUAGUUGCUGUUUUCUUCCAUUCAGCUUAUGUGUUUUGGGAAGAAAAGAGGGAAAAGACUUCCAAGAGAAGAGAGAAGGUUGAGUAA